AUGAUUAUGGCGUGUUCAUCAAGCCAUUCAGCUCCUCCCGAAAUAUCAAUAAUAUUCAAACAAGAACCGCCUCAAAGUAAAAAACAGGUGACCUACAGGAUUCCAGCUCUCAUUUAUAUCAGUGACAAACAAACCUUCCUUGCCUUUGCUGAAAAGCGGAAAACCCCAAGUGACACAGAUGCAGAUGUGCUUGUAAUGAGAAAAGGAUUGUGGAAGAAUGACAAUAAUCAAGUUAAGUGGGUCAGUGAUCAACAGGUUUUCGCUUCAGCUUGUCUACCAAACCACCGAACCAUGAAUCCAUGUCCAGUCUAUGAAAAACAGUCCGAAACCCUCUUCCUGUUUUUCAUUUGUGUCCCUGUUGGGGUCUCUGAACGGAAACAAAUAAAAGAGAAUAAGAAUCAGGCACGCCUUUGUUACAUAACCAGUAAGGACGCUGGUGAAACCUGGAGUGCUGUUAGCGACUUGACUGCAGAUGUGAUCGGUGAGCAGGAGAAGAACUGGGCCACCUUUGCUGUUGGACCAGGACACGGUGUUCAAAUGAAGAGUGGCCGACUGAUUAUUCCAGCAUAUGCCUAUCGCUACACAGUCAAAACUGUCUGCACUUUAUGCUGCUGCUUAUCACUCUGCACACCUUAUGCUUUAGCUUUCUACAGUGAUGAUCAAGGAAUCACAUGGAAGGCAGGACAACAAAUGGACGUUGAGUCGUGUGAGUGUCAGAUGGCAGAGAUUGUAGGUGAGAAAGGUAGCAGUACUCUUUACUGCAAUGCUCGAACCCGUCUUGGCUACAGAACUGAGGCUCUAAGCAAUAACGCUGGAGAGGAUUUUGAUACUGUUUUAUCCUCAAACAAGCUGAUAGAGACUGGUAAUGGAUGUCAAGGCAGUGUGUUGAGUUUUCUUGAACAAAGUAGUCCUCCACAAACAUGGCUGCUCUACUCUCAUCCGUCCCAUCCAAAAAAGAGAGUGGAUCUAGGACUCUACUUGAAUAAAUCCCCAUUGGAUUCCUCGGGGUGGUCAGAUGAACCUUUAAUGAUAUUGCAUCAUGGUCCCAGUGCAUACUCAGAUCUGGUAGAGUUUGAGCCUGGACACUUUGCUUGUCUCAUGGAGUGUGGGAAGGAACACGAGAAUGAAGAAAUAGCCUUUUUGCUCUUCAAACUUCCUGAGAAAAAACUAUAGAACUUUAGCUACAAAAUUAAGGCUACAAAUGAAUGGAUCAUGACAAAUCAAUUAAUAUUCAUUUUAACAUAAUUAAUUGAAUUGUACAAUAUAACAAUUUAUAACAUGUAAGA